UGUCGCCAGAGAGGUAGCCGCCGGUGUGCAGGCCCUUAUCGUUCGCUUCUUGUCUCUCCGCCCGAGACAGUCAAAAUGCCCCAAACUGGGGCUGAGGGGAGUUUCCCUUCUUUCUGUUCCCACCCCGUCAAGGCUAGGGCGGGCCUGCAGUGACAGCUCCGGGGCAGCGGGGCUGGGUGAAGGCGGGCCGUGCCCUCAGUGAGAAGGCUGCCUAAAUCGCAGGGCCGCCGCCGCCGCCGCCUCAGUCAGAAACAGAACGCACAACGUGCGACCCAGCAUGGCCCGGCAAGCUGCCUGCCUGUCCUCCUGCUGUUGCUUCUGGGGUCUUUUUCUUCUCUGGGCCGUAGCGGAAACUCGAGCAGAUAUCCACUAUGCAACUGUAUACCGGGUGAAAGCGGAAAAGAAAUUCCUUGUUAAAGAUGUAAUGGAUACGAAUGGUGAUGCUUAUGGUUACUACAAUGACACUAUACAGUCUACCGGGUGGGGAAUUCUUGAGAUCAAAGCAGGCUAUGGUAGACAGUCCAUUAGCAAUGAAGACCUCAUGUAUGCUGCAGGUUUUUUGGAGGGCUAUCUCACUGCUUCACAUAUCAGUGACCAUGUUGCAAACCUGUAUCCACAGCUGUUUAAGAAUGUUAUCAUUAGGAAAAAAGUUGAAGAUUUUAUGGGGAAACAAGAUCAGUGGACCAGAGAACAAAUUAAAAACAAUCCAGAUGACCCCUUUUGGAGACACACAGGAUACAUCAUUGCUCAGUUGGAUGGGCUAUACAUGGGAACUGUAGAGUGGGCUAAACAGCAGCAAAAACCAGUAAGAUUAAAUUGUCUUUAAAUAACUUGGAGGUAG